UCUUGCCUUUCAUGAAGCUGCAUCGCGUGUGCCGCUCCAAUCAUCGGUUUGCACCUGCCACCGCCCUGUGGAGGCAUUUUGUGCUUCCCUACCGACCUCAAUCACAAUGUUUCUCGUCCGCCGCCGUCGCAUCGGAGCCGAGAGCUGGUCAACCGCAAGAUCACGCUGCAGCACCAAAGCUGAGAAUAAGAAGAAUCAUAAGGCCCACAACCUACAGUGAAGCUGAUACCAGACAAGUGAACCCUCUCCAUCGAAAAGCUCUUGCCGCCUUUCAAGGAAACACGGACUAUGAGGGUGAACCAAUACCAGCCCAUCCCGUACAAACAUCCCAAGCACCCUGGGACAUCGUGUACGAGAAACUUGAUAAUCGUCAAAAGCUAUCGAGCCAAAUCUCCAAAUUUUAUCAAUACUCGAGACCCGAUACGCGAGAAGCGGUUGCCCGUAAAAAUCUAAUCGCACAGGUUCGCACGCAUGCCCAAAGUUCGCUGCCAAACCACAGACUCGAAGUCUUUGGGUCCGAACGGACUGGUCUCGCGCUACCGCUUUCAGACAUUGACCUUCGUCUCGUAACGCUUGAAGAACUGGAAGCCCCCCGUGGCUCCUUCCCUCCCGACCCGCUAGACAAACUCGAACUCGUUAAACUCCUUGAAAAACUCAAACAACGCGUAUCGAAUAACCCCGCAUACUUCAAAACUGAAAUACGAUAUGCUCGUUAUCCUCUUCUCCACACCGUAGACAGAGAGACCGGUCUUCCAAUACAGAUCGUAUGUUCGAAUGACAGUUCAAGAUCUAGGGCCAUUAUGCAACAGUAUCUGAACGAGUUCCCAUACCUUCGUGAAGUAUUCGUCUUGGUGAAAACCAGUCUGGAUGUUCGAGGUCUAUCAGAGGUAUAUCUGGGUGGGCUGGGGUCUUACUCUGUCUUUAUGAUGAUCGUGGCUGCCUUGAAGCACACGAAGCUGUUAUCCACGCAACAUGAUGAUGCGGCGAGCUCCCUAUUGAGAUUCUUGGACUUCUGGGCUAAGGUCGAUCUAAAAGAAGGCAUCGCCAUCGAACCCCCUAUACGAUUCAAUAAAAAGCAAGUGUUGGUUUUGACCAAAGAAAAUAAAGCUUUAAAAAAAACUGACAGAAAAAAGCGACAGCCGCCCUGGAUGCUCUGUCUACAAGACCCUGCCGAUGAAACCAACGAUCUGGGGGGUAAGGCAUAUUGUAUUAAGCAUGUCAUUGAAUCCAUCAAACAAAUGAAUGCCCAGAUCAACGAUCUAUUGGCAGGCGAACCGGUGGCCAACCUCCUGGGUUGCAUGGUUGGGGACUUCCAAACAAGGCAGUAUAUGAUGAGAAAAAGGCUCAGGGCUCGAGGGGCUAAGAUAAUGCAAGACUCUGAGGGCUUAUUGGCAGCCGCAAAAAAGAGUCGACGGCCACGAGAAGAGCCUAUAUCGUCUAUAGUCGAUGAUGCGGUCUCGCCGGUCUCUGAAACACAGGGCACUGAUUAA